CUCGCUACGACCUCCGGGAAGACUAUGUAGUGAAUUUUUGUUCCAACUAUACAUGUACAUCAUUAUUAUAAUUAUUACAUGGAUAUAACGAGGUCUGCGUAGGAGCCCGUAUUGUUUUAUGGAGACGGAGUUGUUGAACAUUGAACGCACCAUCAGUCCGGAGAUAGCCACAGCCAGCAGUCCCACAGGCAGGUGGAGGAGAGUCACAGCAGAGUCAAGUGUUCCACAGUCCGACUGGAUAGGACAGCACAGGAGAAAACUGUCCAAGGAGGAAAGAAGCCAAAAAAGUGGAUUUUAAGGGAAACCUAAAAAUUGUAUCUUCUAAAGAUCACCUGAUUCCAGCAAACAUGGAUGGAGGACCCACCUGUGACCAGUGUGGAAAGACGUUCACUAGAAUGAAUAACUUUAAGAGACACCUACACAUCCAUAGUGGAGAAAGACCAUAUGACUGUGACCAGUGCGGGAAGACUUUCACCCGCAUGAAUGACCUUAAGACACAUCUACACAUCCACAGCGGAGAAAGACCAUAUAACUGUGACCAGUGUGGGAAGACUUUCACCCAACUGUGUAUCCUUAAGAGACACCUACGCAUCCACACUGGAGAAAAAUCAUAUGGCUGUAACCAUUGUGGAAAGAGUUUCACCCGCAUGAAUGACCUUCAGACACACCUACGCAUCCACAGUGGAGAAAGACCAUUUAACUGUGACCAGUGUGGGAAGACUUUCAACCAAAUGAAUAGCCUUAAAGCACACCUACGCAUUCACAGAGGAGAAAGACCAUAUAACUGUGACCAGUGUGGGAAGACUUUCACCCACAUGAGUGGCCUUAAGAUACACCUACGCAUCCACAGAGGAGAGAGACCAUAUUACUGUGACCAGUGUGGGAAGACUUUCACCCAAUUGAAUGGGCUUCAGACACACCUACGCAUCCACAGCGGAGAAAGACCAUAUGACUGUGAUCAGUGUGGGAAGACUUUCACCCACUUAAACAGCCUUAAGAUUCACCUACGCAUCCACAGAGGAGAAAGACCAUAUUACUGUGACCAGUGUGGGAAGACUUUCACUCAGUUGAAUGGGCUUAAAACACACCUACACAUCCACAGUGGAGAAAGACCAUAUGGCUGUUACCAGUGUGGGAAGACUUUCACCAGAAUGAGUGGGCUUAAAACCCACUUACACAUCCAUAGAGGAGAAAGACCAUAUGGCUGUGACCAGUGUGACAAGGCUUACAUCACGUCACGUGACCUCAAAAGACAUAGAGCCAUCCACUCUUGAGACAGAUGGCUGUUACCAGUGUGGGAAGACUUUCACCAGAAUGAGUGGGUGGGAUACACCUACACUUCCACAGCGGAGAAAGACCAUAUGACCAUGACCAGUGUGGGAAGACUUUCAGAGCCUUGUCUGCAUUAUUUUCUCACCAUCAUGUUCACCACAAGAAGUUGAUGUACCCAUGUGAUAAGUGCACGAAGAUACUCUGGUUGUUCAACUCUUACAAGUGUCACCAACGGACCCAUACUGGAGAGAAACCCUACUAGUGCAGAUUUUAAUGGAUCUUUUAUCACAGGUUCACAAUGUACCAAACACGAAUGUGUCAAACAUUUCCACAAAAAGACAAAAACUGAACAAUUGUACAAAAUGUAAGACUCUAGAAAAUUGUAGAAACAAUCAGUGUCAUGCACCAAAACAGUUUGAGUGUUACAGAUGUGAAAAAAGAUCCUUGUCAUCCUCUGCUCUCUCCUAUCAUCAGCACAGAUGUGAAUCCUCAAUAUCUGGACCAAAAAGUACCUCAGCAUCAGAUGACAAGACGAAACACACUGUCUGAACCAGCACCACCGACUUCUUUUGACAAGAACAUGAAAUUUAAAAACCUCCAGAUCUGGCUCCAUAGAGUCCAGAUGUGACGACAAACACCAGACUGAAAGCUGUGUUUUGUUGUCCUCAGAGUAAAGAAGUAUGCUCUAAUGCACCACCUUCAUAAAACAGUGAAGUUACAGAACCUCAACCUGCCUCAACGUGUAAAGUUAAACUAGUGGAGGUCAACAAGGACGUGGUUUCAAUGGGGAGACUACUUCUGAUUGACUUUGUUGACACUUAAUUAGUCACUUGUUGUGAUUCUGUUGCUGGUUAAUGUUCACACCUGUUCAUUGUUCACUAAUGAAACCAGCUACGCCUGGAACAAUUUUCCACAGUUGUUCUGUGCAGUUUAAGUUCAUCCCCCAAAAAUCUUCUACUCUUUUUUUUGUUUGUUUCUCCACCAACUGUGCAUGUGUGAAUGAACUGUUGCACAACCUGAAGAACACCAUUUGUUGAAGGUGUCAGAGUCCUGAAUUCAUGUGGUUUUGCAUCAGUCAUAAACAACAUGAUGAACAUAAUAUGGAUGAGACAGAAUGACUGAUGAGCUGGUAGUGGUUUAGUCUCAAACUGAGGCCAACAACAUGAAGGAGAUCACAUUCCAGUCAAGGAGGAAGUUCACCACCACCAGAGGAGACAUGACAGAGUGAGUGUCAGAUGAUGUUGCAAUGAGUCAGUGCUCCAUGUAGUGGUCCAAUCUGGUACUGGUCCAGUCCAGUGUUUUCCUUCACAUUAAACUGGUUUCAACAUUAUUACGCUGGUCUGACCCUGACCUGCAGAAUGUGCUUGAUUUGAUUGAAAAUGUGUUGAACUGCAGAUGAAUGUGUGGUAAAGAAGAACAAUUUGAUGUAUCAGAAAGUUCAGGACAUCAAUGGAACUGAUACAAACAUUUUGUCAUGUAAUGUUGUUCUAUGUUCUACUUUAUGGCCUUGUUUUAUUCUUAUUCUAAAGUGGACCUGAAACAUGAGA